CCUUUUCCCUUACAGGUCUUCAUCACUGCACACUACACUUCACCACACCAUGUGAACUCUCCUCAUCUUUUUCCAUAAAUCAUCCUAGUAUCCAACACAAUCCUAAACAAACAUCAUCACCAUGCUGCCUCAAUCCCUACAUUAGAUUUUCAAGAGUUGGAUUAGACUCAGAAUCCAAAGCACAACACAAUCCUAAAUAAACAACACCAUUCCAUGAUGUUGGCUCAAUCUCUAUGUUAGAUUGCUUUAAGAGUUGGGUUGGAUGAGAAUUCAAAAUGGAAGGGUGUCAUCCUUUAAGCUUGUAGCAAUGAAGUGUGUUGUUCCCUUUACUUUGUUCCAUUUUCUCUUGUUCAUCUUCCCCCUAGUACUCUCUCUUAACUUAAUUUCAGCUUUCUCUCCAAGUGGGUCUGCCAAACAUCUCAUAAAGUUUAACAUAGGGGAAGAGAAUUUGGGUCCAUGGAAGAAUGAAGUCACACAAAUAGAACCACGUCCUGAAACUGAGGGUACUCUUGUGCUAGCAGCAAACAGGACCAAUAGACCUGACAUUCUACGCAGAUUUCGACGUUACCAUGGUGGUUGGGACAUUUCAAAUCGCCAUUAUUGGGCUUCUGUUGGAUUCACUGGUGUGACUGGUUUCACCCUUGCUGUCCUAUGGUUUAUUUCAUUUGGCUUAGCACUUGUGAUUCAUCUAUGCUGCGGAUGGGGAAUUAACAUCAAGGACAAAGGAUCAAAUCGUUUGCAAAGAAUUUGUCUAGUGUUGCUGUUGUUAUUCACCUGUGUUGUAACGACUGGAUGUAUUGUUCUUUCUUUUGGGCAGGAUAAAUUCCAUGGUGAGGCAGUGAAUACCCUCCAUUAUGUUGUAAAUCAAUCAGACUACACAGUGCAGACUCUAAGAAAUGUUACAGAGUAUCUCUCACUUGCCAAAUCCAUCAGGGUGGCAGAGAUGUUUCUUCCAUCUAAUAUCAUGGAUGAUAUUGACAAUUUAAAUGUGGAUCUAAAUACUGCAGCAGAUACACUUUCUGAGCAAACAAAUGAAAACUCUGUCAAAAUACAAAAACUGUUCAAUGCCGUGCGACUAGCUUUGAUCAUGAUGGCAGCUAUGAUGCUUCUACUAGCUCUAAUUGGAUUAAUUCUGUCUAUCCUUGGAUAUCAACAUGCAAUCCUCGUAUUUGUCAUCAGUGGAUGGUUAUUGGUUGCAACCACAUUCAUUCUUUGUGGAGUGUUCACAAUCCUUAAUAAUGCAAUUUGUGACACGUGCAUGGCCAUGGGAGAAUGGGUGGAGAAUCCACAUGCAGAAUCUGCCCUUAGCAAUAUCCUUCCAUGUGUUGAUCAGAGAACAACAAACAAGACACUUUUUCAGAGUAAACAAGUGGUUACGAAUAUUGUUAGUGUUGUGAACCGGUUCAUCAAUGACACUGCAGAUGCAAGUCCAUCACAAGGUAGUAUGAACUAUUACAAUCAAUCUGGACCUACAAUGCCUCCUUUGUGCUAUCCCUUUGACUCUCACUUUCGACAACGCCACUGUACGCCUCAAGAAGUUUCCUCGGCCAAUGCUUCAUUGGUUUGGAAGAAGUAUUUGUGUAAGACAUCUGAAGAUGGUGUUUGCAAGACUAUUGGCAGGGUGACCCCAAUGAUUUACGUGGAGUUAGUACAAGUAGUUAAUGAAAGUUAUGCAUUGGAACAUUAUACUCCAAUUUUACUUGGCCUUCAGAAUUGCAAUUUUGUGAGGGAUACAUUCAAAGAAAUUACUUCACGUUACUGUCCUCCAUUGAACCAUUAUCUUAAGGUUAUCAAUGUAGGAUUGGGCCUCAUUUCAAUUGGUGUCUUGCUUUGCCUUGUUCUCUGGAUACUUCAUAGGACCUUCAUAGCUAAAAAACUGAAGAACAAAUUCAGCAAGAGAAAUUCGUCUUUGUCAAUUGCAGUGAAUGAAGUAUAGUUCUACAAUGGAAAAUUUAGUGGAAAAAAUAUGAUAAAAAAAAAACCAAGGUGAAGCGAAGCUACAUCUUGAGAUAGAAGACAAUGUAGACAAACCUAGUAUACAAUACGAAAGUGUUCAUAAAACGCAUGAACAAUUGCUUUCACGUUGUCAAACGUUGUCAAUUGAAAAUUGUUGUAGUUAAAUUUUUUU